AUGGGAGUACCGAACCCCAACCUCGACGCUCUCGAGGAGCAGCGCCUCGCGCUCGAAGAAAACAUCCUCCAACUUCAAAAAUCACUCUACCACUGGCGAACCUGGGAAGCAGAAUACGAUGGACUCCGCGAGGAGAUCAGCAACCUAGAAGAUGACGCCAGCACAGACGACUUCUUUGCUGUGGCCCUGGAAUUCGGUGGCACGCUGGUGGACCAAAAGGAAAUGCAGACAAUACUUGGUUCGCAAGGUGUGACUCGGUCUCGCGGGCAAGUAGUUGAUCUUCUUGGAAGACGCAUCGACUACGUGCAGCAGAACGUUGCGACUAUGGAAAAGAGGCUUUCGAAGGCCCAAAAUGAGCUGCACGCUUUGGUCUUGAAUGAUCAGCCACCGCUGCAGGACGGUGCGGAGUUCCCGAUGCAGGAGAUUAUGGAGGAGCUUGAUGAGGAUGGAAACGUUGUCUCGAGCAAGAUCAAUACACCUGGCAAUGAUGCUUCGGAAUUGCUGGAUGUGCUGAAGAAGGCUGGUGUCAAGGAUAUCCCGGAGACGAGUGAGCCGAUAGCUGCAACUCCCGCCAAUGCUACUACACGCGAAGGCAAGGUGGAUGAGCCAGCCAGCUCAACGGCUACAGAUCAGCAGAAUGGUUCCUCGAGCGACAUUACAACCACGGAGCCAACUGGCGCAUCCCUGAAAUUCUCUCAGCCCCAGUCCGUGGUGACCGCCGAAGAUCGCAUGCAGCCACCUGUCACGGACGUGAAUGAAUCUGCGGAAGAAGCAAGACUCCGCCGUGAAAUGCUCGACUAUGGAAUCAACGAGGUGGGGGCUAUUGUGGCAGAGUUGGAAAUGGACGAGUCCGGAAGUGACAUUUCCUUCGACGAGGACUACGAUUACGACUACGACGAGGAAGAUAACGAAGAUGAACAUGGUCGCUCUCACACCCGCCUUCCGGCGGAAUACCACCAGCAGAUGAUGGAAUUGGAGGCCAAGCUCAAUGCCCGAGGCUUGAUGAACAUGGGCAAGGAUACCGAGACGUUCCCCAAGGAAGUGCAGCAAGAGAUCGCAACACCUUCUGAGGUUGAAACUUCCACCCAAGAGAAGAAGAAGCCUAAGAAACGAGUUGCGUUCGCCGAUGACCUUGAUAUCGCACCAGCUCCCGCACCCUCCAUCGCCGCCGAGAAGGCUCCUGCUUCUCAGGCCGAGCCUCAGGUGCUUGCUGAUUCCAUUGUUGAACGGACCAGCCAUGCCCUGGAGCCCUCUCCAGCCACCCCCGCUGUUCCCAAGAAGACGUCGCGAUUCAAAAGUGCUCGGGCCGCUGCUUUAGGUAGUACUGCUAGUGAAUCUAUUACUGCCGGGGCUACAAUUGCAAACCCCUCUGAAGUCACCGAAUCCCGCCUUCGCAAACAGGCCAAUACCGCUCCAUCCGUGGUACCUCCGGUCCUCUUCCCUGCGACACCAAAAGAGCCCAAACCCUUCUCCACACCGAUCUCCGAUGUCGUUGAGAAACCUUCUCCGCCUCAAUUCCCACAUGACCGAACUCUGGCCGAAAAGGUCUUUGAGCGACAGGUCAAAACAGGGGCUGCAGUGGCUCCUGAAUUAGACCACUAUGACGAAGAGCUUCACCAGAAGCAGAUUGCGUCGGAGUUCUUCAAUAUGCAAAAACGCUUCAACGGCACAUCGAAAGAUGACGAGGAACAGGAUACUUUCCCUCCUGAAGAAGAUCAACCCAAACGUGUCAGUAAGUUCAAAGCUUCACGAAUGGGAUAG